AUACAAUAGUGCUCCGCGCUGCCUCGGCCGCCGCCGCCGCCGCCGCCCAACAGCCUGCCCAGCGCUGAGGCCUGAAGGGCCGGGCGGGCGAGGGCCAAGGGCGGGAGCUGAGGCGCGGGGGGCGGCCCCGGCGCGGGAUGCUCCAGGAUGAAACGCCAUAGGCAUCUCAGCAGCAGUGGCAGUUCAGAUGAGUGUCCUUCUACUUCUUUUACUUCUGGUUCAAUGUAUAAGAGCAAAUCAAAAAUUCCAACUAAACAUAAGAAAUCUGCUGAGGUAUUCCGGAAGGACCUCAUCAGUGCCAUGAAAAUUCCAGAUUCUCACCACAUUAAUCCUGACAGCUACUACCUCUUUACUGAUACAUGGAAGGAAGAAUGGGAAAAAGGAGUCCAGGUACCAGCCAGUCCAGAUACUCUCCCACAGCCUUCUAUCAGGUUUAUAGCCCAGAUAGUAAAGGAGGCUGUAUUUAUCCAGCCCCGGAAGUAUAUCAGCUAUUCCAACACAGAGACCGCAGAACCUGGCUACAUCAACAUUUCAGAGAUGGCAUCAGCUGUGUGCCGCUACGACCUAGAUGACAUGGACAUCUUUUGGCUUCAGGAACUCAAUGAAAACCUCGCACAAAUGGGCUAUGGACCAGUUGAUGAGAAUCUUAUGGAAAAGACAAUAGAAGUCCUGGAACGACAUUGCCAUGAAAAUAUGAACCAUGCUAUUGAGACAGAGGAAGGGCUGGGCAUAGAGUAUGAUGAAGAUGUGAUCUGUGAUGUAUGCCGGUCUCCAGACAGCGAAGAAGGGAAUGAUAUGGUGUUCUGUGAUAAAUGUAACGUCUGUGUGCAUCAGGCCUGCUAUGGCAUCCUCAAAGUCCCAGAAGGCAGCUGGCUGUGUCGUUCCUGUGUCCUGGGCAUUCGUCCACAAUGUCUAUUAUGUCCAAAGAAAGGUGGAGCCAUGAAGACCACCAGGACAGGGUCUAAAUGGGCUCAUGUCAGCUGUGCCCUGUGGAUUCCAGAGGUCAGCAUUGCUUGUCCUGAGAGGAUGGAACCAAUCACAAAGAUCUCCCACAUCCCACCCAGUCGUUGGGCUUUAGUCUGCAGUUUGUGCAAGGUGAAGACAGGAGCUUGUAUUCAGUGCUCAAUAAAAAGUUGCAUCACUGCCUUCCACGUCACCUGUGCCUUUGAGCACAAUCUAGAGAUGAAGACUAUUCUAGAUGAGGGAGAUGAAGUGAAAUUCAAGUCAUACUGCCUCAAGCAUAGCCAAAACAAGCCGAAACCUGGGGAAGCUGAGUACCCCCACCACAGGGCUACAGAGCAGAGCCAGGCCAAAAGUGAGAAAACCAGCCUGCGGGCACAGAAGCUUCAGGAGCUGGAGGAAGAGUUCUAUUCCUUGGUACAAGUGGAAGAUGUAGCCACAGAGCUGGGGCUACCUACCCUAACUAUAGACUUUAUCUAUAACUACUGGAAACUGAAGCGGAAAAGUAACUUCAAUAAGCCAUUAUUUCCUCCAAAUGAGGAUGAAGAAAAUAGACUGGUACAGCCAAAAGAAGAAAGCAUUCACACUCGCAUGAGAAUGUUUAUGCACCUACGGCAGGACCUGGAAAGGGUCCGAAAUCUAUGUUACAUGAUAAGCAGACGAGAGAAGCUGAAACUGUCACAAAACAAAAUACAGGAACAGAUCUUUGGUUUGCAAGUCCAGCUUAUUAACCAAGAAACUGCUGCAGGGCAUCCUUUGACAAGUGCACUAGAAAAUUCAUUGUUUUACCCACCACCAAGAAUAACUUUAAAGUUAAAAAUGCCCAGAUCAACCCUGGAAAACUGCCGAAACAACUCCACAGAGACUGAUCACCAGCCCCGCUCUCCUGACAGCGGCUCCCCUAUUCGUAGUAUAAGGAGCAUGCAGGUGCCUCGGGAGUCUCUGGAAAUGAGAGUGGAAUCGUAUUCGAGAUAUCCACUAGAGAGCAAGAAUAACCGUUUGCUGGCCAGUCUCAGCCAUUCCAGAAGUGAAGCAAAGGAUUCCAGUCCUUCUUGGAGAAUCUCAUCUUCAGAGUUCUAUCAUGGGCAAUCACUGGGAAAGCCUCUGGUCCUUCAGGCUGCCCUCCAUGGACAGUCUUCCAUUGGGAAUGGUAAAAGUCAGCCUCACUCAAAAUCUCUCAAAGCCAAUGGCCUAGAGGGCAUCUGGUCUGAGAAUAUCACCCAAAAGGACAGUUCGAGUGAGAUGUUCUGUGAUCAAGAGUCCAUGCUCAGCUCACACAGUCAGGGCAGCUUUAGAAAAUCCACCAUGGAACAUUUUGGCAGAUCCUUUAAAGAGGCCACCAAUAAAUGGGUGAGGACCACCGAGGACCUCCAGUGCUGUGUGAAGCCAGCCAAGAAUAUGAACCCCAAGGAGCAGUUCUGGGGCAGGCAGCUUCUCAAGCGGUCUGCAGGGAAAGCUCCUUACCAAGAAAAUGAUGGAUAUUGCCCAGAUUUAGAGUUGAGUGAUUCAGAAGCAGAAAGCGACAUGAAUAAAGAAAAAGUCAGGGUAAAGAGAGAGAACUUAGGCAGGGAAAAUCCUCCCCAUGACUCUAGACAGGAUUGCCCCAGUAAAAGCAAGCCAUACCCUUUUUCCCACAGUUCAAUGCAAAGGUGAUUAGAAACACCCAAGGAUAACCUAAUCUUUGCCUUUGCCCCAUGUACUGGGGAAAACACAUACACCAAAAGGAUUCUAGCAUAUGUUAGGAGAAAUUGCGGUGAAAAAGAAAUUUUUCCACACUAAAUUGGCUUGCAGUUUUUUGAAAGAUUUCAAGUCUAGUUCUUACAAGCACAUUACAGGAAUUGCAAAUUUGUCAGAGGUUAUUUAGAACAGCUGGGCCCACAGUAUUUGUUCAGUAAAUAUUUUCGAUCAGCUUUCCAGUUAUAGUAACACAUUAAUAAGAAUAUGUUUUAAGAAUCCUUGCAUUUUUUUAACAGAUUUGCAAGAGAACGUGACUAUCAGACACUAAAACUACUUACCUUUUGAAGCUACAGCAUAUGACUUCCAGAGCUCCUGUCUGUAGGAAGUUUCUAACUCCACUGGUAUCUAUAAAUAAAUCUUCAGGGGAGAGACCAACAGACCAACAUCUGAGAUACUGUCAAACUCAGUACCCUCUUUGCUCGCAUAAGGUUGAGUUCCUAUUAACAGUAUCUUAACUUAUUAAGUCAAUACUCCUGAUGCUUAUAAUUGUCCAGUGCCUGUUCCUAGACUUGCUUGUGAGGGACACACUCGUAACUAUUUUACCCAGCUAACAAGCCUAAACGGCUAACUUGUGGAUAGUGUUUACAAAAGUACAAAAGUACUACUUCCAAGGAAAAUGCUCUGAUUCUCUAGGUAUUUGUGAAGGAUCCCAGAGCCUUUCCCAAAGUGAGACCAUUUCUGGAGUUUUUGUACCAAGUCAGGGUUUUGUGUUAUUGUUUUCAAAUAAGUUUGACUAAAACAAGUUUGGCUGACAGUUUUUGUAUACCUGCUUUAAUGUUUAUAAAAUUUUUAUUGAGGUAUAAUUAAAAUAUAAUAAAAUGCACAGAGGUUAAGUAUUCUUACCUGCUUUAAUUUUGAAACAGAUUUUUAUUGUCAAACAGAAUUUGAAACAUGUGUUUAACACAUGUAUGUAAUUUAGCUUUGUAUCAACUUUGAAUUUGAGGUAAUUUCCCAAACAAAAAGGCUGGAGCCACUUUUCAAAAGUUGCUUAUGCCUUAUUCCCAAACUAUCAGCCUUGGUUAAUUUCUUGGAGGAAGAGAAUACUUACAUUGGGGAGGAAUAAAAAGCAUGUCUGCUUCUCAUUUUAAAAAGGGAGAAAGGUGCAGUUUUAAAAAUGUGAAGCAGACUAAUAAUUCUCAGCUCUCAUUUCUUCUUAGCCUUAAAUUAAUAUUCUCUUCUAGUUUGGGAAGGUAUAGUGGGAAUUUUCAGACAAGAGGCCAUUUUCAAUUUUUAAAGUUUCUUACUGGUGAAACAGCUGGAGUAGGGACCAUUCAGUCAAGGCAGGGGCCCUCUCUUCAUCAAUUCAAAAAACUCAGCAGUUUUCCUCUCCCCCACUUUUGUUCUUGUAGCCUUGUUAAUGCAUUUUUUUUCCUUUCUGUUUUCUCCUUUCCUGAAAACUUUUGUGUUUUGCCUCUUCUUUAGGUAUAUCUUCAAAAUGUUUCUUUUGUGCCUAUGUACGUGUGUAAACAUGCCAUAGCAUUUGUGGUAGGUAUCCUGUAUUUUGUUCGAUUGGCAAAAACUAUCAUCCAAAAUGAGAAAGAGAAAUUCCCCUAUUUUUGUACUAGGUUUCUGUGCUUUUUCUUUGAAUUCUUCUGGAGUAGAUAAUAAUUUGACACCUUCAUGGUAAUGAAAUUAUAAUGGAGCUGUGUUGUAUAAUAAAUUCCUAUGUCAGAGCCCAAUGCAGUAGCCUUUGUCCUUUCAUGGCUUUCAAUUAUGAGUGAGUGGGAGGAAAAGCAAACAUCAAAACAGUGCUUCAGCCAAAUUUCAUAUGUAAUGAGUAUUGACUAAAAUAUCAUUCCAAUCAGGGAAAUAAAGUAAUAUUUUUACAGAAUUUUCCUAGGUAAAUGAAGGAGCCUUCAGUUGUGUAAAUUUCAAUUGCCCUGAAAUGUAUUUGUUACAUUUUGUUGUUGUUUGAAGUAUUACCUCUUAACCUUCUUUUUUUCUCAUUUUGUGUUAUAUUGUCCAGUUUUCCAAGAUGAACUCAGUCUUUUUUCAAAUGUUACCUUUUUACCAAUACUUUUUCAUUAAAUUAUGAAAACUG